AUGGACGACAAAGAACCAAAAUCCAGUAUUUCGAAAACAUCCAGUUACGAUGAUGACGACGAUGAAAAAGUGGAAUACUUCCCAUCUGUGUUUGAAAAAGCAGUCAAUUUUUUACUUUGUCGGUUAGUGAUUAUUUCACAUUUUCAAAGAAUUGUUAAAUUUUUCAGAUGUGACCUCUCCUCACAAGUUCUUGAAUUCAAACCAGUUUCAUUAUUACAAUUGGUAUUUCCGCUUCGCCACACCGUUCGACUACAUUCUUCUGAUAAUUGGCGUCGUUACUUCCAUCAUCUCCGGCGUUUCUCAACCGGUUCUUGCCAUCAUUUCGUUAGUUACACAUUCAAGGAACUUUUGAAAUUUAAAAUUCAAAAUUUUAGGGGUCGAUUGACAAAUGUGUUGCUGGUAGUAGAUCCAUUGAGCAAAGAAUUUAAGAAUAAAGCAAUGGAAAAUGUGUAUAUUUUCUUGGGUCUUGGAAUAUUUGUAUCCAUAAACGAUUUCUGUCAGUACAUGUGCUUCCAACGGGUUUGUAGUCGUAUGAUGACUCAAAUGAGAAACCGGUACAUUUCUUCGAUCCUCCGACAAAACGCCGGAUGGUUUGACAAGAACCUCUCAGGAACUAUUACUACUAGACUCAACGACAACAUGGAACGAAUUCAAGACGGAGUUGGAGACAAGCUGGGAGUUUUGAUUCGUGGUAUUUCAAUGGUCCUGACUUCCGUGAUAAUCUCCCUUGUAUAUGAAUGGAGAUUGGCGCUGAUGAUGGUCGGUCUCAUUCCGGUGUCUACGAUUUGCAUGACACUUCUGUCUAGAUUCUUGGAAAAGAGCACAGGAGAAGAAUUGGAAAAAGUUGGAAUAGCUGGUGCAAUUGCCGAGGAGUCACUGAUGGGUGUUCGAACUAUCCAAGCAUUCAACGGACAGGAAGAAAUGGUUGCCAAGUAUGAAAAGCAUUUGAAUUCUGGAAAGAGGCAUGCUAUUAUCGGUGGAUUCUGGAGUGGAUUCUUCGGUGGCAUGUUUUUCUUCUGGCUGUUAGCAUUCAUGGGCUGUGGAAUUCUUUAUGGUGGAUACCUUUUAAAAGUUGGAAUCAUUAAAUCUCCAGGGGACGUGUUCAUUAUUAUCAUGGCAAUGCUACUCGGUGCAUAUUUCCUUGGUCUCAUCUCUCCUCACUUAAUGGUUCUUCUCAAUGCUCGUGUUGCUGCUGCUUCUAUUUACAAAACCAUUGACAGAGUUCCAAAAAUUGAUCCAUACUCUAAAGCUGGAAAGAAACUGGAUAGAGUAGUAGGCAAGGUGACAUUUCGAAAUGUUCACUUCCGGUAUCCAACUCGGAAAGAGGCAAAAGUUCUAAACGGACUCGAUUUAACCGUCGAACCUGGAACUUCUGUUGCAUUGGUUGGCCAUUCAGGAUGUGGGAAGUCAACAUCGGUUGGUCUUCUAACAAGAUUAUAUGAGCCAGAAGAUGGAAGCGUACAAAUUGAUGGAGUUGACGUAAGAGACCUGAAUAUGGAUUGGUUGAGAAAUAUUGUGGGUAUUGUGCAACAAGAGCCGAUUCUAUUCAAUGACACCAUCCACAAUAAUUUACUUAUUGGAAAUCCUGAUGCCACUCGUGAGAAGAUGAUUGAAGUUUGUAAGAUGGCAAAUGCACACGAUUUCAUUAAGAAAAUGCCAAAAGGAUACGAUACACUGAUUGGAGAUGGUGGAGUACAACUCUCUGGAGGACAGAAGCAACGUGUCGCCAUUGCUAGAACUCUUAUUCGUGAUCCAAAGAUUCUACUUCUCGAUGAAGCUACAUCAGCUCUUGAUGCUCAAUCUGAAAGUGUGGUUCAAUCUGCACUGAACAAUGCUGCCAGAGGAAGAACUACUAUUAUGAUUGCACAUAGACUCUCUACAAUCCGUGAAGCUGAUAAAAUUGUCUUCUUCGAGAAGGGAGUCAUUGUGGAAGCUGGAAAUCAUGGGGAGCUAGUUGCACUUGGAGGAAGAUACUAUAAUUUAGUGAAGGCUCAACAGUUCAAACAAGAUCCGGAAGACAUUGAGCUGGAAGCUGAACAAGAGGAUCAGUUUGAUGAGUUUGAGAAGCCAACUAUGUUCACCAGGCAAGUGUCUACUCGGAGUUCAAGAAGUUCAGGAAGAUCUGGUUCCGAUGAGUUCCGCCGAGGAACACUCGCUAACCACUCGUUCGACCGUUUCCGUAAGCCAUCACAUGUUCCAACUGCUGAAGAUGAAGCAUUCGCAUUGAAAGUGAAAGAGACUAUGGAGAAAGAUGAAGAAGUAACUGCUGGAUAUCUUGAUAUUUUCAAAAAUGCUCAUGGAAACUACGGCUACAUGUUCAUUGGGCUUGUGGCCGCGCUUAUCAGAGGGCUCGAUUUGCCAGCAUUUGCAUUAUUGUUGUCUUGGGUGUUUGAAGGUUUUGAAUUUGUCCCGUAUGGAGGAAAAAUGAUGCACCGAUUUGUCAUGUCCGUCAUAGCUCAUUGUGGAGUGGGUCUUGGAAUUUGGUUCUUUCAAACACUGAGUACUGUCAUGUUUGCAAUUGUUUCUGAAAACCUUGGUGUUCGCUUCCGUGUUGACGCUUUCCGGAACCUUCUCUAUCAGGAUUCUGCCUAUUUUGAUAAUCCAGCUCAUGCUCCAGGCAGUUUGAUCACCAGACUUGCCGCGGACCCUCCCAGUGUGAAAGCAGUUGUAGAUGGAAGGAUGAUGCAAGUAAUCUAUGCGUUCUCUGCUGUGGUGGCAUGUGUGACUAUUGGUUUUAUCUAUUGCUGGCAAGUGGCUAUCCUUGGAACGUCACUAAUUUUCUUCUUGGGAUUUGUUAUGUGUGGAUUAGCUUUCAAGAUUACAAUAUUAGCAGUGGAGCAUAUGCAGAAUGAUGAUGCUGGAAAAGUGGCCAUUGAAAUUAUAGAAAAUGUGAAAACGAUUCAACUUUUGACACGAACAAAACGAUUUUUGAAUAGUUACGAGAACGAGUCGAAGAAACGAAAGACAACAGAACUCCGAAAGUCUGUCUUCGAAGCUAUCAACUACAGUAUCACCCAAAACUUCAUGUAUUACAUGUCGUGUUUCUGUUUUGCACUGGCCAUCAGAGUUAUUAACGAAGGAGAUCAGCCAGUUGACAAGACAUUCAGAAGUCUUAUGGCAAUGAUGUUAUGUUGCGAAGGAAUCAUUCUGUCCGCUCAAUUCUUCCCACAAUUUGUUGGAGCCAAGUCAGCAGCAGGACAAAUGUUCAAUUUAAUCUACCGUAAACCUCAGACAGGAGAUGUAAAAACUGGAUCUCAGCCGGAAAUUCGUGGAAACAUUCUAUUCGAAAAUGUCAAGUUUUCUUACCCUCAACGACCACAUCAACCAGUAAUGAAAACCUUGCAAUGGACUGCUCUCCGAGGACAAACUGUUGCAAUUGUGGGACCAUCUGGAUCAGGGAAAAGUACAUGCAUUAGUAUGCUCGAGCGGUUCUAUGACGUCACUGGAGGUGCACUCCGAAUUGAUGGACAGGAUAUCCGGACCAUGUCUUUGUAUCAUUUGAGAACACAAAUGGCUUUGGUUGGACAAGAGCCAAGACUAUUUGUUGGAACGAUUCGAGAGAAUAUAUGUCUUGGAUUGAAGGAUGUGCCACUUGAGAAAAUAAAUCAAGCACUGGAACUUGCCAAUGCUAAUCGGUUCCUGGGAAAUUUGCCAGCUGGAAUAGAUACCGAGGUUGGAGAAAGAGGAGGACAACUAUCUGGAGGUCAGAAACAAAGAAUUGCUAUUGCCAGAGCAUUAGUUCGUGACCCCAAAAUUUUGCUACUCGAUGAAGCGACAUCAGCAUUGGAUUCGGAGUCUGAAAAGGCAGUACAAGAAGCUCUCGAUCGUGCUCGAGAAGGUCGAACAUGCAUUACCAUCGCACAUCGGCUGUCUUCGAUUCAAAACUCCGAUCUUAUUGUCUACAUCGACGACGGACGAGUUCAAGAAGCGGGAACUCACAACGAGCUGAUGCAUAUGAAGGGAAAAUAUUUCGAGCUCAUUAAGAAACAAGACCUUGCAAUUUGA